UACUGAAUUAUUGGUUCAACAAUUAUUCUAAAAUGUUUCGCUUGAGUUUAAUAGCUUUGUGUUGUGCUUCACUAAUAACUUGUUCGCCAACAAAUAAUCAUGUAUUUGAAUUGGACGUUGCACAACCUCCUUCGAUUGAACUAAACUCUACAUUAAAGUUUGUAUCAAUUAAAAAUCGUAUAAUCAAUGGAGUUGACGCACCUAAUACACCAUGGGUUGCUCGCAUUAUCACAGAUUUCCAAAUCAUUGGAGAUAGUUAUGGUAUUGCAAGCGAUUGUGGAGGUAGUUUGGUUUCAUCGCAUUGGGUUUUAAGUGCACGUCAUUGUUUUUUUGAUGAAUAUGAUCAAACUAAAUUAGUUUCUAAUCGUUUUUGGGUUAGUGUUGGUAACGUAGAUUACGCUAACGGUGAAAUAAUUCCUGUAAUCCAACUUGCGCUAGUUAACUUCUAUAAUAACGAUGACGAUUUGGCUCUUUUAAAAUUAAUGAAUGAUGUUAGUAUUCAACCAAUUCCUGUACAAUAUGAAAAUAAUAAAGACUAUGAAGGAAAACGGGCAACAAUUUAUGGUUGGGGUAAAACUGAGCCUAGGGGCCCUUCUUCGCAUAUAUUAAAAACAACAGAUGUUGUAUUAUAUGGCCGUGAUCAAUGUGAUAUAAACCAGGUAUGUUUCAAUCCAACCAUAACUAAUUCAAAUGCAUGUGGUGGUGAUAGUGGUGGCCCCAUGAUACUUCAAGAGAAUGGAAAAUUAAUAGGUGUAACCCGUGCGGGAGAAGAGAUUGGUGAACCAUGCAAAGGUACCAAAACAUAUUAUACAAGCACAUCUUAUUACGCAAGUUGGAUUCAACGUAUUAUCCAAGGUUAAUCGAAGAGUUUUCCAGUAAGAUUCAUUGAAAAAAAUUAAAUCUAUGAUUAAAAACUUAUUUUUUAAAUUAAACUAUUGCAAGUGAAGUCUCUUGAUAUUUAUUUUCCACUAGAUGGA